AGAUGCAUCGAGCAUAUCAACCCAUCGUGGUAACCAGCAACAAGUACCUGCAGCAGAAAUGGGACAAAAAUGAUUACCAGAGGCAUAGGGCAAAGGUGCAAAAGGCCAUCGCAGUUGUGGAUACAAAGGGACCUCCGACUCCUGCGCAUCUUCAAGUCAAGCUGAAAAAGCUGCAGCUGCAGGAAGAACGCUUGGCGAUCAUCACGAGGGACAAUCAGAUUCUUUCCUCCAAGUUAGCUGAUAUCAUGAGAUCCAGUGGGACGGUGGAGAAUUGGAAUAACUACACAUCUAAAAGCCUGAACGCAGAGAAACGUCACAGGGAACUCCUGCAGAUAGCGCAGGCAAACCGAGCCAUUCUGUACCGCAUCACGCACUGUGAGUCGGAAUACAACCGCAGCAGACUGAAAGCAGAGUGGGAGAAAGUGGAGCGAGUGCAAAAAGAUAUUGCACGUUAUCCCCGUGGCCUAAAAACUGAGCGGAAAUAUAAGAAGGUCUGCAGCAGAGAAGUCCGAGGCUCGGUGAGUGGUGAAACCUCCGAUCAAGUCCAAGAACAGAGAAGACUGCAGCAGUGAGGAGAGAGGUCAACGACAGAAUGACCACAGAAGACCCUCCUUCUCCAUCCAAAUACUUCACUUCCACAUUUCACCCAGAAAUCAUAGAAAUUUAUCUCACAGAAGGAGGCCAUUUGGCCCAUCGUGUCUAGGCUUGCCAGCAAGUAACCUUCUAGCCUAAUGCCAAUUUCCAGCUCUUGGCCUACAGCCAUGUGCAUAUUCAAGUACUUUUCAAAUGUUAUGUGGGUUUCUGUUUCUACCACCCUUUCAGACAGUGAGUUCCAGAUCCCCAUCAUACUGUGGGUAAAAAUAUUUCCGCUUGAAUCCCCUCUGCCCUAAGGUGGAACUUUAUAGCGCCUCCUACUGGGGGGAUUUUCCUGAGCUGCUGAAGUCAUAGCUUGUCGCAUUUUAAGGCCCUGCCCCUACUGCGUUGAGUCUGUAAAAUUCCACCCCUAAAUCUAUUCCCCCUGGUUAGAGGGACCCUUGACCAAGGAGAAUAGGGCCUCCCUAUUCACGCUGUAUAGACCCCUCAUGAUUUUACACAAUUCAAUUAGGUUUUCCCUGAGCCUCCUCUGUCCCAGAGAAAACAACCCCAACCUAUUCGAUCGUUCCUCAUUACUAAAAUCCUCCAGUCCAGGUAACAUGUUUGGAAAUCUCACCUGUACCCUCUCUACCACAGUCACAGGCAGGAUUUAAUGCUCUCCCCCGAGGCGAGUUUGGUGGCGGGAUGGUAUUUAAUUGGGCAGGAGGGUGUCAGGUGGGGACUCCACUGCCUUUUCUGCCUCUGUUCUACAGCAGGAAGGCUCAUGGACAGCCUGCCCCUCCCUGGUGUUAAAUAAGGCCCUUAAGUGGACAAUUAAUGCGCACUUAAGGGUCUCAUCCCAUUGCCGCUGGUAUUCACCCAGACUUCUGUGGGCAGGGGUCCCUGGUUCAAAGGCACUCAGUCCCUGAUCAUGGAACCCGGCAUCAAGAAUUGGGAGGAGAUGGCCUGCUGAGAACCACCAUCCCUGCCCUUGUUGCCGACCCCCUUCCCUGUGAAUCCCACCCCACAACCCCCACACACCUGGUGCCUAAGUCCCUCAGCGAUCCUUGGCCUCAGGUGGGUGCAGUACUGGCAGCAACCACAACUCCUCAGGUGGAGCUGUUGAGCAAUGCACAGAUGCUGGCCUCUGAUUGGCUGGCAGCUCUUGAGUGGGUGGGGAAGAGGUCUUUGAUCCCCGGGGAAGGCACGCCACUGCCUAUUUAAGUGCCAACACACCUUCAUGAAAAGAAGGGACGUGGGGCUUUCGCCAAAUGUCCAGCUGAUGGGUGAGACCCCCAUCGCUUCCAAUAAAUAACGCCCCCUAUAAUCCACAUCUUUUUUAUAGUGCAAUGAAUUGUGUGCAGUUCUCCAGCUGUGGCCUAAGUAGUGUUUUAUACAGAUCCAGCCUACCCUCCCAGCUCUUAUAUUCUACACCUUGGUUAACAAAGGCAAGUAUCCCAUAAGCCUUCCUUACCAACUUAUCCACCUGAACAGCCACCUUCAGGAAUCUGUGGGCAUGCACUCCUAGGUCCCUCUGUUCCUUUACACUCAAUACCACACUGUUUAUUGGCCUUCCCCAAAUACAUUACCUCACAUUUUCCCAGCUUGAGUUCCAUUUGCCACUGUUCUGUUCCACCCAACCAGUCCAUUGAUACUUUCCUGCAGCAUCAAUGCUUCUUUAGCUUCCGAGAUCCUACUGACACCACACAAAUAACGUGUGGCACAUUCUAAGUGAAGUUUUUCAUACUCGUUUUUUUCUUGCUCUGCAUUAGCCCUGUGUUGGGUUGAAGGGGACACUUAGUACCAGAGGCUGAUCCACAUCGAGCAAAAUCCAACCCACCAUUGGUUGGAGCCUGCUGAGGGUUAGGUCCACGACGUCCCUUGUUUUAACCUCGCAUCAUCGUACAACAGUGGCUCCGGCCUAUUGGACUGCUCUCACAUUUCCUGAGGAAAUUUGUCGCCACAUCUGAUAGGACCAAAAUGGAUAAAUGUCACCAAAUCCCUCCCUGCUCAAGGGCUUAUUCUGACUACCUGCCUCAAGAAACACACUCACAGCCCCUCCAGCGCAAUAUCACUGUGGGGCAUCCAGGUUCCCGGUCACAUGGUGCUGACAGACUUUUUGGUCAGUGGUGGAGGUGUGCAAGUAAUCUGUCACCCCCAAAAAAUCUACCCCAUGUGUUCAUUAUCAAGCUUCCCCUUAAAAGGGGAGGUGGUGGUAUAGUGGUAUUGUCACUGGGCUAGCAUUCCAGAGACCCAGGGCAAUGUUCUGGGGACCUGGGUUCAAAUCCCACCACAGUAAAUGGUGGAAUUUGAAUUCAAUAAA